CCAGAUUUCAACAGUACAUACACAUAUCUCUGCAGCGAGGGCGCGACGGGCAUACAUGCAGCUGGCGCCGGUGAUUAAGCAGAACCGCAUGUAUUUGGUUGGCUGGAGAGGAAGGCCGUGGCUGGAUCAAUCAUUGGCCCGCUGUGUAUGCCGAUCACAUUUAUUUUCAUGCACAAAAUAGGAACGCAGUAAUACUGUUUGGUACCUCAGAGACUGGUGAGAAGACCGCAAAUCUCGCAGUGUUUGUUGAGGCAUUUCAUCAACUUCAGCUCGCCUUCCUGCUCGUCCUACAGCCUUCAAACUCGCUUCCGCAUCCAGUUUUAUUUCCCACUCUAUGAACCACCUGGGCGACCGAAUUCCACUCCCCGCAUGUCUGACCUGUCGUAGGAGCCUACUAAUGCAGAGCGGUGUCAACGCAGACGUGCACUUCCAGCCCGAUUUUGUUGACCACCAGUGGGAUCGGACCACAAGCUCUCUUGACCCUGGGCCAACACAUGGUACAGCGUCCAAGGCAGAUGGCCACCACAGGUUUGUGCCUUACAAGCUCAAUCCGAACCGCGUAUCGAUAAUCACAACAGACUACCUCGGUCAAACACCCUUACCAACGGCCGUUCCAUCAUCAGAAUCGGGCGAUGGCAACGACGGAGACAAGGCGGUAUCCUGUCCCGAUAACGACUACCCGUGUCAUAAGAAGGUAAUGGAAGUACCUUCAUUCUAUGAAACGAGCAGCACACCAACCACAGACGCUGACGCCUAUCCAAUAUAUUUGGCACCGACACCAAGCUCCAACCUAAGGGGCGGACCCGGCCCAAUUUCGCCAGCACCUAGCUAUGACAGCAACAACAGACGUACCUUGCCAUUGAAGAUUGCGAUACCUGGCGGAGCAAUUAUUACCAUUGCCUUUUUCAUAGCGUGGUUCCUGCGCAGGCGCAGGCGCCGCAGAAUUGCGCUGGUGCAGCAGCAUGUAGACAACGGCAACGACAACAACGAGUCUGCGUUUGACUCCGCUGAUCAGCUCCCACCCCCAUUCAACCGGCGUGGGCAGCGGCGUGGGCCAGAGAUGCUGCAAAUCACCCGGCAAACGAACCACACUGCCGCAUCCAUUUCGCCAGUGGAAGCUGCCCAUACUGCAUCUCGGUGGUCGACGCAAACCAGUAUUGCCAGCAGUGCACCGCUAUUAACUGCACGCUCACCGAGCGAAGUCCCCUCACCGCCUCCUGUCCGCCAGACCCGUGGGCUAUCGAUGUAUAGCGACCUGCCCCACGAGGAGCUUCCGCCGUACAUUGACCCACUGAUCGAGGCCAUGGGCCGUGGUGAGAACAGCGCCGGCCGAACGAGCCGUCGGUCGGUGGUGACCCGGUCUAUGCUUGUCAGCCCACCUCCGUACCAGGCCAUUGAGACACCGCCG